CCUACCAAAUCUUGAACAUCAACAAGGCAAACUUCAAACAGAACUCGCUACUUUAGAAACCAACACUUCAGGCAUGGAUAUCAGGACAGAUCGCCUGGAGCGUUACAAGCACCCUGAAGAUGUCGUCGAGCCUGAAAUUGCUGCUCGCAAACGCCGCAAAAUCACCGUCUAUGAAGCCGUCGCAGGCAAAGCUGGCUAUGAAAGUCUCCUGCCAAGUGAGAAGAGAACUGCCACCAAAUAUCGAGACACCCAGACAAACUCACUCCAAUCUGUCCCGCCCGAUGAGGUUUUGUUCCGUCGACAAGGAGCACCAGAACGAUAUGAAGAAACCGACGUUUACAAGGCUCCCCACACAGACAUUCCUCUACCAGAUUCUGACCUGCUCAAAUUUAUCCAUCGAUAUGCAUCGGAACUCUACUCAAAAGCAACACCCGAUAAAGGGCAGCUAGACCUUCAAUCACUGGACGAGACAGCUCUGCUUGCUCUAGGUAUACUGCUCGAAGAGACUGCUGCUCUCCAUCUUGGAGAGACCGGCCAUUCUGCUUUCAUCGAAGAUGAGAAUGAGGACAUCAUGACGGGCAAGCGGGAAUACUGGAAUGGGGAGAAAUGGGUUCGCAGUGUCAUCGAAAAGAAGCCGGCUGGCACAUGAUGGACGUUGGUUUCAGCUCCGUCCUUCCCACGGUUAAGAUUCACCUUCCCACACAAUACAUGUGACAAAUACC